GGCUUUCUUUGACAGCGCAAACAGCUCAUGCUGCACUAAAAUAAAACCUUCACGGCUGGGUGGCAGAGUGUCCGCAGCGUUUCUUUUUGGGUGUAUUACUUUUUUUUUUCCUUCUUCUGCAGUUUGUAUCCAGGAAAGCAGCGAGACCUCCAGGACGGAGCGGGCUCCGCUCAACACCAUGGCUCCCACUCUCACCAUGCUCCUCUUCACGUUUCACAUCUUCAAUGCUCUGGUGCUGGAGUCAGCCUCAGAAUCAGUUCUCUCCAAGAAACCUCCACACCUCACUGGCUGUGUUUCCAUUGACAUGUCGACUUUCCGCUGCAGAUGGAAUGUCGGCGCUUUCCAGAACCUCUCUGAGCCGGAAGCACUGCGCUUAUUUUACAUUAUAAACGUACCCCCUCACGCUUCUCCUAAAAAUUGGAGCGAAUGUCCUCACUACAGCACGGAGACUCCAGACGAGUGCUUUUUCGAUGAGAACCACACCACGAUCUGGACAUAUUACAGAGUGCAGCUCCGCUCCACAGAUCAAGCCAUCGUCUAUGAUGAGACCACCUUCUUUGUUGAAGACAUCGUGCAACCGGAUCCUCCCGUCAGCCUGAACUGGACGCUGCUGAAUGUGAGUUUGACUGGGAUUCAUUUUGACAUAUUGUUGAGCUGGAAACCUCCGCAGUCUUCAGAUGUGGAGAUGGGGUGGAUGACACUGCAGUAUGAAGUUCAGCACCGUGACAGCAGCUCCAAUGUGUGGGAAACAGUCGGCCCCGUGAGGAGCACACAUUCCUCCCUUUACGGACUUCAAACUAACAUUAACCACGAAGUUCGGGUCCGGUGCAAAAUGCUCGGUGGGAAAAAGUUUGGAGAAUUCAGCGAAUCCAUAUUCAUCCACAUCCCAUCAAAAGUUUCAAGAUUCCCAGUGGUGGCUUUGCUCAUCUUUGGCGCCUUGUGUUUAGUGGGCAUCCUGAUGUUAGUUAUCAUAUCACAGCAAGAAAAGUUGAUGGUUAUUCUUUUGCCUCCUGUUCCUGGACCCAAAAUUAAAGGAAUUGACCCUGAGCUGCUUAAGAGCGGAAAGCUUCGGGAAUUGACAUCAAUCCUGGGUGGUCCCCAUGAUUUGAGGCCGGAGCUGUACAACAACGACCCCUGGGUGGAAUUCAUUGAUCUGGACAUCGAAGAGCAGAAUGACAGACUGACAGACCUGGACACAGACUGUCUCAUGAACCACCCCCUGUCUUCCAACUGCUCUCCACUCUCAAUUGGCUUCAGAGACGACGACUCGGGUCGUGCUAGCUGCUGCGAGCCGGAUCUCCCCUGCGACCCAGAACCAUCACCUUUCCUUCCUCUCGUCCCAAACCUGGCCCUCAGUCAGGAGACAUCAUGCGCAGCAACGUCUGAGCCAAGCUCCCCGGUUCAAAGCUCCAGCCCUGCAGAGCUUCCUUCAUUCAUUUCGGGCAGAGAGGCUCUGUACACCCAGGUGAGUGAGGUGAGGUCAUCUGGCAAGGUGCUGCUCUUACCUGAGGAAGAGACCGAGGUGGAGAAGAUCCCUCGCAAAGACAAAGAGGAUGACGUUACGGAAGAGAAAACAAAGGAGUUUCAGCUCCUUGUGAUGGACGGAGAUCACAGAGACUACACCUCAGAGAUCAACACAGGAAAAAUAAGCGCAGAGCUAUCCAGUGAACCCUGCCAGACAUCUCCGUCACUUCACUGUGACUCAAACACCACACCCACGCCCCCGCUAACCCCUGCUCCUGUUUACACGGUGGUCGAAGGUGUAGACAGACAGAACACCCUCUUACUGUCACCAAACUCAGCACCAGCCCCACAUCUGAUAAUCCCAAAGAACAUGCCGACACCAGACGGCUACCUGUCCCCAGACUUUCUGGGAAACAUCACACCAUAACUUGUAAAGGAAAUGGGCAAAAAAAUAAAUAAAUAAAUUUUUACUCUGAUUGUGGAAAAGUGAGGCAUUAAAAGGGAAAGUCUGAAGUCAAACUGCCUCAGUAUUUUUAUAACAGUCAAAAACCAGGUUUGCAAAAGCUGAACUACCUUUGUUAAAGCAGGAUUAACCAGUUUUUGAUGACUACAGGUUAGAAUAUCCCGUGAGCUAUUUUGACUGAUAAACUGUUGCCUAUUAAACAUCUACUAUAUGUUUAUUUAUUUUGGUUUGCAUUCGAUACGUUUUAGUCAAAAUUUUUGUCUUUUAGCCUCGGUGGUCUCAUUUUCUUAAAUCUUUGCUGUUUUUCUGUCACUUGGUGCUUUAAGCUAAAAGAGGACAAAAAGAACUGUCGUCGUACAAUUCCCUGCAAUAUUGUUUACUAUGGGUGGCACGUUUCAUGCUACAGGUUCUCAUAUUAAUCAGUAUUAAUAAGAAAAAUACUGACUAAAGCAACCUUGUACAUUUUGUAUAUAUGAAAAGACUGGAUAUAUUAAAAUCAGGCAUUGUUUAAUAACAAGUGAAACAAGUAAAUAAAUAAUCAUGUGCCUACUUUUUUUUGGAAUUCAGGUUUUUGUUUAUCUUCUUACUUUAGGCUUUAAGAUCAACUUUGCCUCAAUGCAAAUGUAACUGCAUCCAGUAAAGCUUUGCUUUUUAAAAUGCUCAGUCUGAGUCAACAUAUUGAUUCGUAAAAGAGAAUAAUACAGCAUGGUUUAAUUGUGACAGGAUAAAUGGGAGCUUAAUGUAAGAUUAUCUUAUUUUGAUUUUAAUGUUAUUACAUAUUGUGCUCUUAAAAACUGAAAGGUUUUAAGAGCUAAAAGCUAAAAUGACAUGAACUGAAAGUCUUAUGCUCAGUCAGUACUUGUAUUUGUAGUGCAUUAUGUUUUUUGUUUGUUUUAUUUCUGGCUGGCGUAUGUGCAUUUAAUGCAGGUAAAAAAAAGGAAAAAGCAGAAGGCAUGUAAUCAGUGUUAAUUUGUAUGGU